CGAGCGAGCAGGCGAGCAGCGGAACAGAAACGAGAGCUCAACCAGAGAGCUUGAAAGAAGCCACAGAGAAGCAACGGCUUCACUUCACCUGGAGUGAAAAGAAAGAGGCGUCACAAUACAAAGAAAACAACGUUCUCUCAACGAGUAAUGGCAAGCACGGCUUUGUGCUGAACUGAAUCACUCUGAUCAAUUGGAAACUGGCUAAAGAAAAAAAAAAAAAUGCUUUGUGGUCAGGGAGAAAGUUAGAAGAUUAAUUCAGACUAAUUCCCUUACAGGUAUCACGGGCUCUGUUUCGGAUUCGAACAAUUUGAUUUGAUUUAAAGUUCGUGUUUUGAAUUAAACAAACAAACAAACAAACAAAAAAGAUGCUUCAAUACGAUACCAGUUUCAGGUGCUAGAGUCGAGCUUAGUUUCACAGAAAGUCCCGUUAUUUGUCUGUGUGUGUGUGUGUGUGUGUGUGUGUGUGUGUGUGUGUGUGUGUCUGUGUGUGUGUGUGUGUGUUGUACGGGCUUAUUGAUAAAUCCUGUAGCCAGGUUUAGAUGUAAUGGGUCCUUCGUCAUUAACUGAACGUGCGUUAUACUCAAGAUGGUGAAAUAGUUUCAGAUACAAAUCGGGAAUCUAAAUUUGCUGGUCGUUUGUAUGCAUGAUUCAUUUUUAUAAGCUUAGGUUGAAGUUUUUACAGUAUUCACGACCAGAGAUUACACAUCACUGAUAAAAAUUACGGUUAGGGGAAUUUGUCAUAAAGUUUUAGAUUCGGUUAUUGGCAAUUAUUACGGGGAUUUCACAGACUUUGGCUUUACUUAGAUGCAGGUGGAAGGUGGAUAUGUUAUAGGAGUGAGUAAUCAUUUCCCAAUACUAAGCACAACGAUCAAUUACUGUGAUUGUUUUCUCUACAAAAGCAGCAAUAAGACAUUAACUCAUGGCUUUAUGAGGGCUCAGCGUUCCGUCACCUUUUCAACAAGUGAAUCGAAGCUCAAGGGACCUACCACCAGAUUACUAUAGAUUGCUAUAUGAAGAUCUCGACACAGGUGUUGGUUUUGGAUCGCCAAAAUGCCUUUCCAUCCAGUGACCUCCAAUUUAAUGUACAGAGGGAUCUGUACCAUCCCAGACAUACUCACGUACAAGACCCCUGUGAAUAUCCCCGAGGAUGAAUUAGAAGAGAUCCGGCAGGCGUUUAAGGUGUUUGAUCGGGAUGGGAAUGGAUUCAUCUCCAAGCAGGAGCUGGGCAUGGCCAUGCGGUCCCUGGGAUACAUGCCCAACGAGGUGGAGCUGGAGGUCAUUAUCCAGAGACUGGACAUGGACGGGGAUGGGCAGGUUGAUUUUGAUGAGUUUGUGACCCUGCUGGGACCCAAGCUGUCUUCAGCAGGAAUGCCUGACAGGUUUCAUGGGACUGACUUUGACACUGUGUUCUGGAAGUGCGACAUGCAGAAACUAACAGUGGAGGAGCUGAAAAGACUGCUUUACGACACCUUCUGCGAUCACUUAUCCAUGAAAGACAUCGAGAACAUCAUCAUGACGGAAGAGGAGGGACACAUAGAAAACCCUGAUGAAUGCCCCGUGGAUAUCGACACCAGCCCCACGCAACAGAUCAAGCAGACCUGUGUGAGGAAGAGCCUGAUCGGAGCCUUUGCCAUCGCGUUCAUCAUCAGCGUCAUGCUGAUUGCAGCCAAUCAGGUGCUGCGGAGCGGGAUGAAAUAGGAGCGUUGAGAAGAAAGCAACAGCCACGCCAGCAACCAGACUUCUCCUCUUUACAAACAACUGUACUGAACAACAACCCCAAGAACAGCAAAAACAAACACCCACUCCAAUGGGCAGCCGUGGGCUGUGUGGCAGAUGCCUGCCAGUGCUGCCUUGCUUUGGCUGUUGCUGUCGCUGUCCCCCCCCCCUUGUUGCCCCACACCCAGUUUGUCUGGAAAGAAGCCGGUGCCUUUGGAUGCAUGGAAUCAUGAUCAGUGAACAUCAGCUGCUGUAAUACGCAUGCAGAUGCAUGGAUUUACAUCUAAACACACCCGAAGCGUUGCAUUUAUAUACAGAACUAGAACUCAUUUAUGAGGAACUGAAGUCAUCCCACACCACUGGUGGACUCAACUGCAUGAACAUUCACUAAGGGCUGCUUAAGAUAAUAAUAACAAUAAUAAUAAUAAUAAUAAUAAUAAUAAUAAUAAUAAUAAUAAUAAUAAUAAUAAUAAUAAUAAUAAUAGUAAGAAGAACUCUGGACACGUGUUGAAAAAGCAAUUCAAACAGAUGGACACAAUGAAAAUUUCUAACAUUUAAGAUCAUGUGCCGCAUAAGAAGAAUCGGUGAUCACAACUGAAUAGAUCUUUAUUACCCAUUAAUAAUGCAUUAAGAAAGGUCAGUUAAGUUUUCAAUCUGCACAUAACCUUCCACAGGUUUGUGUUAAUUGCAUCUUAAUAUUGUGUGGUCAGUAGUUAUAAGCAAUAACACAGAAAUGAAUCAUACAGAAUUUCCAGUGGUGUUUCUAGUGCGUGGAAAGUAAGGGCAAACACAAACAAAUGGCACAGCUGGCAAGCGUAUUUCGCUAACGCAUUACUAAUGAGCAAUACAUCAUUUGUAUAUAUCUAAUUAAGCACUAACCGUAAUUAAAAGUGUUACCAGACAAAUCAGUCCUUUAAUUGGAUCCGGGGAGACUAAAUCAUACAGCCACUGCAUUAACGAUCAGCAAGCUCCUGUUUUUAAGCCACUCACAUUUUUAUAGAUACAGCCAUGGUCAUCUCUGUCUGGUCUUGUGUCCAUGUGAACUUUGUCCAUGACCAGUAGCUUGUAGCAUGGGCAUUAUAUGAAGACAAACUACAGAUUAUCAAUGUUCAUACUUGUUCUGCCAAUGGCAACUAUAGUUAGAAAUAUAGCCAGUCCCUUGAAUAGUCAAUGGAACAAUCAUCUGUGUUUGUCCGUCAUCACAAAGGAGUUCUCCAAAACUGCAGGAGAUAAAAUGUUCUCAAUUAUUCUCGGCCAUUCACCAGUCAGAUCUGGAUUUGGGAAGGUAGAGAGGCUUUUAAAAAAUACAUGCUUACAAGGUCUGCACUGAAAAACAGGCCAUAUUUGAAUGUGGUUAAUGUAAACCGUGAUGUCUGCUUUCUGAUAAACAAUACAUAGAAGGAUGAACAAUGAAAGAAUGUAAUAAACAGGCACCAAAGAAUGAUAUACCGUGCAAAACGGAUUGUGUUUGUUGAGCGUUGCAGAUUUAAAAGGACAGAAACUGCUUUAAAUGGUAUUGGCUGAAAUGUGCAGCAACUGUAUUUUGGUCGGAAGCACCACCACGUUUGGACUUUCGUUCUGUUUAUAUAUUAGAUUACAAAAAAUAGCACUGCUUUCUCAGUGUAUAGAAACGAUUAAGGCCCAUUGAUUGGAUUUCUAGUCAAAUCUUUUCAACCGCUUUAUUUUUUAUUUUACUUUUGUAGAUUGAUUUUUAAAAUGUUUUAUGAAAUAUGAAAAAAUAUAUAUAUAAAAUUACCUUAUCUGUCAAAAUAUUGUGACAGACCCAUUUUGGAUGAAGUACAGUAAAUGUGGGGUGUUCUUUAAGAACAGUGUCAGAACUUCUGUCUCACUAAAAUGCACACUGUUGAAAAAAUUAUUGGAAUGUGCAAAAUGUUGGGGUGCUUAUGGCCAUGCAUAAUGUCCAGCUUUAUCAGAGCUUUACUAUUUAUGUAAAUGAAUAUCAUGUGACAGUCAGUAAACAUGUUGCUGCCAUGCAUAACACUAAUAUCCCUCAAUGGACAGUCUGUAUCUCAUUAGUCAGAUAGUGUUAUGCCUUGGCUCCUGUCUGUUCGUCGUGUGUGAUGGGCCAUUUCAAUGAGCGCAGUGCUAAGGUCCAAGUCGGGUUUAAUCAUUUGUAUAAAUACAAUUAGAAUAGCUGUACUUGAAAAAUAGUAACCUGCAAUAGUCUGUUAAUUAGGGCCCUGGACCAACCCCAGAAUGGAGAGAUAUACCCAAAACUUCUCUGAAAAAUUGUGUUUGCAGUGUGUUUUCUCAAUUGGUCUAACCCACUCACAAUGAUUAAGGCUGACCUUCUCAUUGAAUUGUUAUGAGGGUUUCAUAUUAUCAGGAUUUCAGCUGACGAGGUUGACCAGCUGUUUUAACCAAUGAGAUCUGGCUGAAGUUCUUUGGCAUGUGUGUUUUAAAGGUCAAGUUUCUUUACAAGAAUGCAUUUUCGGGGAUAAACUGUUUCAGCUUUUAACGCACCCAAUGUAAAGGUUACAGAGUUAAUAACAUUGUUUUAACCACCCGUGGGAAUAUAUUAUUUUCUACCUUGUAAAUGUAUAUAUCUGUACAUUUCUAACUGGUUAGCAUUUCUUGUAAUGUAAGUUGUGUAUAUCUAUAUUUAGUAUAUUUUUUUGCUGCAAUAAUAAUUUAGCUUCUUGUGAGGUGCUGAUGAUCAAAUGUUCUUCCUGCUACUGUCUGUCUCAGUUCUUUCGGACCAUGUUUAUACUAACAAGUUACACGAACUAGGAUCAGAAAAAAAAUGUGUUUAAUAUACUGACAAACAAACUGUAGCAUUAGCAUUUGAUAGUGAACACCUCACAGGAAGCCUGUUAACAGAGCGCUUGAUAGAAUAAGUAAAUAUGUGGAUAUCAAAUUAUAAAAUGUACCGCUCUUCUCUAUAAGCUACGAAUACUUCUGGGACGAUACUUGGCCUUAAAUAAAUAUUGCAUUCAAAGAUUAAUUUUCAUUUUCCAGGAAAGACAAACCACUGUGUUGUAAAAAAAACAAAAAACAAACAAGUUAUACUAAAAUGAUCCAGACAUUUUUUCUUGUUAAGAGAGAGAAAGUGAGCGAGCGAGCGAGAGAGAGAGACAGAGAGAGAGAGAGAGAGAGAGAGAGAGAGAGAGAGAGAGAGAGAGAGAGAGAGAGAGAGAGAGAGAGAGAGAGAGAGAGAGAGAGAGAGAGAGAG